GGAAUGAAAAGGUAACCCAUGCACUGAUUGAAGCUGGUGCUGAUGUCAACAUAACUGACAAGGAUGGCAAAACAGUCCUUUUGCAUGUUUUUGGUGAAGAGAUUUUAAACAAAUUUAUUCAGACCAACGCAACAGUACAUUUCAUACAUCUAAUCAAGUUGCUCUUGGUAAAUGGAGCAAGCUUAUGUGACACAACAAUGGAAGAAGAUUCUGUUUUCCAUUUUAUUCUGAAACUUUACCAACAAACUCUUUCAACUGCAGAUAAAAAUCCCAAACAAUCUAUAUUGCUUGAACUGGUGGAAAUUUUGAAACUGUUUUCCCAAUCAAGAAAGAGUGAGGUGGCUGUGAAUAAAAGAGACAGCCAAUUAAAUUCACCACUCCAUCAUUGGGCAUCACUUGAAUUGGUACUGUCCAACAGGUAUCAGGAAAAUGUGUGUGAUGGCUACAGUUUUGAAAACCUAUUAAAAGAGAUCCUUGAUUUGCUUCUCGAGUGUGGAGUGAUACUGGAUGAUAUCAAUGAAAACAAACAGACACCUCUACACAUGUGCAGUACGUGGACAGCUGUCAAACUCUUGUUAGAUGCUGGAGCAGAGCCAGAUGUAAAAGAUUCAUCAGGGUGCUCGCCUCUUCUUGCCGCUGCAAAGAGGAACCCUUGCCUCAAAAAUGGUUCAGAACAUUUCUAUCCUGAUGUUGAUCAAAUCCGGGCCAAGGAGUUCUGGCAAGAAGUGCUUAACAAAAGACUUGAUCCAUGGACUGCUGAUGAUAAUGGAGAUUCAAUUCUGAGCAUUCUGAUCCAAAAAGAAGCUAACUGCCUUGCUGAAGCCCUGAUCGAAGUCGCUUGUGAGCUGAAGUUUGUACACUCGGAUACAAUUGGAGUAGCUCUUCUCAUUACUGUUUGCAGAGACAAGUCCAUGGAGAAAGUAGGGAAAGUUAAACUCGUUAAGACAUUGUUAAGAUAUCGAAUUAGUCUUGCACAAGAAAGCUUGAGCACCAAAGACACUGCUUUGCAUUUUAGUUUCAGGAACAUGAUCAAAUUAUCUGAAGAAAGUGUUAAGACGUCUGUGCAUUGGACAAUUGCUCAGCAUCUAAUUUUGUGCGGAGCUGAUGUUGAAUUCGCUGAUAAGGAGGGCAAAUCCUGUUUGGACAUAGCAAAAAGCUGUCCAGUUCUCAAAGACCUUUUGUCAAUGCCUGUCAAGAUCGAAGAAGUGCCUCCUCUGAUUGACUUAUGGAAGGCAGUUUCAGAGAAGCAUCAAGGCCAAUUAGUAAAGGUUUCAAGAGGCUUUAAGUGUCAGCAAACGGAGACAGUUUAUUAUUUCAAGGAAUCCUUAGACAGUGGCACGUUUGGUCUAGUAUUUGUGGGAAUCAACGCACACGAUGGAAAAGAAGUUGCUGUUAAGCGUGUUGAAACAUUGAGGGUAGAUAAGGAAAACAUCACAAAAGAGAUUGAAGAUCUUAAAACGCUGAGCUGCAAUAAAGUUAUUCAGUGCUUGUUAUGUACCAACGAUAAAGAUUUUUUGUAUGUGAUCUUGGAGCUGAUGGAAGGGAAUCUUGAUGAUCUACUCUCUGAGGAGUACAAUUUUGGCAUCACCAAUCAACAAACAGAGUUUUGUAGAGAUAUUUGCACAGGACUAGACUAUUUGCACAACCAUGGCAUCAUACACAGGUGUAUAAAACCAAGUAACAUUCUCUACCAAGUGCUUGAUUCAGGAAUAAACCUGAAGCUUGCUUUCUUUGGUUUAAGAAGCCAGAUGUGUAAGGAGCAGCAUAACUUUACUUUUAUGGAUACAUAUGAAUAUCUAACUAAGGUGAGAUGCUGGAUGGCACCAGAAGUGUUGCAGUCACAGAGUCAUUCGAAGUCUUCUGAUGUUUUCUCAUGUGGACUUGUGAUCCAUUAUCUGCUUAGCAACAAAAAGCAUCCUUUCGCCCCUGGUGGGUCCAGCAAAGAAAGCCCACUAGCAGUAAGUAUUGAAACCGUUGAUAACAUUGCCCAAUAUAAGAUAGGACUUGAAGGAACAAUCUCUUCUGAUGCAAUUAACCUUCUCCAAGGAAUGCUUGAUCAUGACACAACCAAACGUAUCAGUAUUUCAUAUGCAUUGGAACAUCGGUUCUUCCAGUCAAAGUCAGGAAAUGUUUAUCAGUUAAUGGUCAUGUCUAUCUUUGAUGUUGAUCUAGCUACUCUGCAUAAUGACUGCAACAUAAGGCACACAUUAAUCUCGCUGCCCAACGUCACGCUGUCUCCGAAUGCCCUCAAAAAUCUUUUGGGAGAAGAUUGCUUAUGCACCUUGAGGGAAAUAAUAUUUCAGUCAGAUUUGGAAAGCAUAGACAUUACACACUGUAAUAAAGAAACCCAGCUUCUAUUUUUCACACGGUUGGCGUCUGAGCGCUUCAUCUCGACAUGCUUUACUAACUAUAAUAAUACGAUUUGCAUAAAAUGCUCGAUGAGUCCUGACCUCGAAGUUGAUAUUUCAAAUUGGAAUGUCGAAACGCUUAAAGAAUGCGCUUCCACAUUUAUGAAUGAAGCAAGUCAAAUUCCUGUUGAUAUGAAACUGCAUCUUGCUUGCCUUGCGAAAGACCCUCAAUGUGUCGAUGGUUUACUAAAAGAAAAACAUUCUACAUAUCCCAAGAAAAAGAAUUUGUUAUUCUAUGGGAUUUCCUGUUUAGAGAUUGUAGAUGUUCUGAUCAAGAGUGGUGUCGAUGUCAAUGUAAGAGAUGCUCGCGGAAGAACCCCUUUAUUUUAUGCCUUUAUAAGCUCCUUGGACUCGGCGAAGAAGCUCCUUGACAAUGGUGCCUCGGUGACUAAAACAGACGAUCGCCGUGUAAGUGUCCUAACAUUUUUUACAGAUUAUAUGAUAAAAAACCAUUUGCCAGCCGAUGUCAAAUAUGAAGGAAUAAAGCUUUUUUCUGAGAAAUUAAAUCGAGAUCAGAUGGCCAAACAAGUUGUAAACUUGAUUUUGUGCAAGUUUAUCCAAGUUCUUGGUACUAUGCAACAUGCGUCGAAUCCACAUAGUAAUUAUAUUAACCCCGACAAACUGUGCGAAAUCCUCAAGUUGGUUUUGAGUCACACAAACGAUGACACACACGCUGAUAACAGAAACAGCCUAAUUAGCCAGCUUCAAAGUAUGCAAGAACGCGUUACUCCAGACGACUUUGCUGUAUCUGAUGUGCUCCAAACCUUUUACGACCUUGGCGCAGAAUCUUCAGCUCCAGAUUCGGAAGGAAACACUUGUCUUCACUAUGCAACCCAAUUGCUGUUCUAUGGUGUGCCUGAAGAAACAGUGACUAAGCUUUGUCGUGUGCUCAUAGAACACGAUGCAAAAUUGGACGCGAAAAAUCACAAGGAGGAGACACCGCUUUUGUUUUGCUUGUCAUCCAAACAUCUGAUGGCGUCCAGGGCAGCACGUAAUUGGUCCGGAUGUCUGCAGAAGGUUUGCGAAGUUCUUAUGGAAAAUGGGUCAAAGUUGCGUGACACAAAUCAUAAAGAAGAAUCUGCAUUUCAUCUGAUUAUCAAAAUUUUCCAAUACGCCAUUCUUUUACAAGAUAAGCGCCAAAAACGUCGUAUUUUUGAAGAAAUGUUUGAAAUAUUGUCAGGGUUUACUAUAACCGACCAAAAACAAACUGCUGUUCGCAAAAGAGAUAAUCAUCAAGACUCCCCGCUUCACCUUUUGGCAUCACUGGCUCUCAAGCCAUCCGAUCUUUACAAUGAAAAUGUGUGUGAUGGCUACAGUUUUGAAAACCUAUUAAAAGAGAUCCUUGAUUUGCUUCUCGAGUGUGGAGUGAUACUGGAUGAUAUCAAUGAAAACAAACAGACACCUCUACACAUGUGCAGAACCUGGACAGCUGUCAAGCUCUUGUUAGAUGCUGGAGCACAGCCAGAUGUAAAAGAUUCAUCAGGAUGCUCACCUCUUCUUGCUGCUGCGAAGAGGAACACAUGCCUCGAGAAUGAUUCAGAACAUUUCUAUCCUGAUGUUGAUCAAAUCCGGGCCAAGGAGUUCUGGCUAGAAGUACUCAAAAAAAAACUUGAUCCAUGGACUGCUGACAAGGAGGGAAAUUCAGUUCUCAGCAUUCUAAUAAAAAAAGAAGCUAACUGCCUUGCCAAAGCCUUAGUUGAAAUUGCCUGUGACCUAGUAUCACAGAUAGACACAAUUGGUAUUCCUCUCCUGAAUGCUGUCUGUAAAGACCAAUCGAGCGAAAACCACUGGAAAUUGGACCUAGUAAAGUUAUUGGUAAAUUCAAGGAGAAGUCUCGCACACAGUACUCUGAGGGGCAGCAAUGACACAGCCCUUCAUUUCAGCUGUAGGAACAUUCUAGAGUUACCAGAUAGCAGUGUUGAAACGUCUGUGCAUUGGAAGAUUGUCCAGUAUCUUCUGUUGUGUGGAGCUGAUAUCAACGCUUCUGGAGAAGCUGGCGAAUCCUGUCUUGCUUUGUCAGAUAAUUGUCCUGUUCUCAAAGAUCUACUAUCAGCUUCAGUGGACCACAGUGMACUUCCUUUAGUUCUUGACUGGACACAGUCUUCCCAGAUUCACGCCCAGAAACUGUCACUGGUUGCAAGAAUGGUCAAAUGUCGACAAGUCGGAAGUAUAUAUUUACACCAAGAGGCUUUAGACGAAGAAAAGGGAUCAGGCGGUUUUGUCUUUGCUGGCAUCGACAAGGAAGGAAGAGAAGUAGCUGUCAAGCGCAUACCUAUGUCAAACACGAAAUGUUCGGAAAGUGUUCUUGUGCCAUCAGCGCAAUGCAAGCAGAUUGUUCGUGAUUACCGUUGCUUAGAAGAGGGAAACUUUCAUUAUAUUACUUUUGAAUUGAUGGAAGGGAAUCUCGAGCAUUACCUUGAUAUGGCCAGUAGCGCAGGCGAUUCCACCAAGCUUUGCAAAGACUUAUUAAUGGGCUUGGAGUUUUUACAAUCUCAAGGUAUAGUUCAUGGCAAUAUCAAUCCAAGAACCGUGUUUUACCAAGCUAAACCAAGCUUAUGCCUUAAGAUUGGAAACUGCAAGACAAAUAGCUUAAUAAUAGGAUGGGUUGCAUCAGAAGUCUUGAAAGAUGGAAUUCCCUUUUCCAAGCAGUCUGAUAUGUUUUCCUGUGGGCUCGUGCUUCACUAUCUUCUGUCAGGCAAAAAACAUCCAUUCGCUCCUGCAGACUCCGCAACGAAAACACCACAGGAAAUCCUCAGCGAAACACACCAAAAUAUUAGGAAUGGUAAUAUUUUAAAGAUCGAUGAUUCCCUCACUCCUGAAGCUACUCAUCUUGUACAUCUGAUGCUUGACAGUGAUCCCAGACAUCGGCCCUCUGCAGCCGAUGCGUUGGUUCAUCCUUUCUUCUGGGAUAACGAAACAAAGAAGAGGUUCCUUCAUGYUGUAGGAAAUGAGCCAGAGAUUGCAAUGAACAAUAGACCACAUCCUAUGCUUGCGUUUGAGAGUGAACUACAGGGGCGAUUCAAUGUCAUUGUAUCCAGAGGUAUAACAUGGUAUGAUUCGCCACCAUAUGACAACAUGUCGGCUACUUAUGCUGGAAUGAAAAUAAAAAGAUUUUACGACYACAAGACCGUUGCUGGAUUAAUUCGCUUCAUUCGUAAUGCCUACGAACACAUUAAUGAACAGCCAAAAAACAWUCAAGAAUUGUGGGAAGAUGAUUUUGUUCUAAAUGAUUAUUUCCCAAAAUUGGUUAUCGAAGUUUACAAGGCUUUGACGACAAGCGAGUUCCAUCAAUUGCACAAGGACAGGAAAGGAAUCAAGAAAUUCUUUAGAUUUCUGUAGAUUUUUUAAUGAACUUUAUGGUAAGGAAGGAUAGAUAGAAACUGAAACAUUUGUCACGAUCUCAUAUAUUUAUUAUGUACUUUAUCGCCCCAUGUGAUUCAAAGGAUUUCCUCAGAAAAUUAAGAGGCAAUGUCCACAAGAAUCGAACAAACGGUGGCAAGGGUCAAGAAAUCAAAUUCGCCUAUCUUUUGAAGUUAGAUAUGCCAUUAUUAGAUAUGAGUCACUUGGUAGUUGGUUUUCGAAAAUAUUAUUUCAUUUUCGAGAAAACGGCCAUAGAAGCGGUUCGACCGAAGCCCAAGCAAGAGACGCUCAAGAGGAGUGAAAAUAAACCAUCUAUGACAAUUUUUGAACUUUUUUCUUAAUGUACCACCCUUUUUCGUUCAUUGGACUGGAUUUCAAGCUUAUUUGGAAAGGGACGAUAUUUUGGCGAGGGGAAAUAGGAGGCCUGUGCAUACAUAUGCUAAUUAAUUCAAAAGAAAAAAAGAUUUAACUAUGGGCAAGUUCUCUGAUUGAAAUAAUAUUCAUGUUGCAAGUUGAGGAAGAAUAGACCUUUUCAAAACUUUAAAGAUUGAUUUCAGGAAAUUAAUUCUGACUGCAUAGAAAUCUGUUGAAUUUUGUUGAAAUACAUACGAAAAUCACGCUUCCCGAAACAACGCAGGACUAUGAUGGAAUUUACCCUGAAAACUAAGAAAUUAAUGUUCGUGCCGUUGUUUGAAAGUUCAAUGUGGUUUGGUAAAUUUAAGCUCCAUUGGAAAGGUUUUGAGAUUGUCGGUAUAUGAGCAAAAAACKCKAUCUUUGGUGAUUGCRUGACCGAGGUUCCACUUUACGUUCAGAAGUUUGAUUACUGUAAAAUUCACGCUAAAAAUUACGAUAGAAACGUUCUUUAAAUAGAUUUAUAAUCUCGUUUUGAUCGAAUAAGUUUUGGGUCGAUAAAAAAGCGGUUUCAACAGUUAGUUUAUAUGCAUAAAUCACGAAAAAGGGUAUUACAUUAAGAAUAUAUGCAUGUCAUAGAUUUUUUACCCGCGCUCUGUUCAAAAUUUGUCCAUUUUCACUCCUCUUUAGCGUCUCUUGCUCGGACUUCGAUCGAACCUCUUCUGUGGCCGUUUUCUCGAAAAUGAAAUAGUAUUUUCGAAAACCAACUACCCAGGGAUUCAUAUCYAAUAAUGGCCUAUCUAACUUCAAAAGAAGAGCGAAUUUGAUUUUUUGACCCUUGCCACGAAUUCUUGAAUUUGUUCGAUUCUUGUGGACAUUGCCUCUUAACAUGCAACAGAACCUGGGGUGCCUAUUAUUUAAAGCAAUCCUUCCGGUUUGAAAUUCGUUUGCUAAUAGAGUAAAAGAGCGGGAAACUUUGACUUGAGGUAAAUGCAUGCGUCUAGUGAAAGAACGAAAAGAGAUAGAAAAGUGAAUUACUCCAAUCGGAAGACCGAGUUUUYCGUAACUUUCUGUUCGGAAUAAAAAUUAUUUGUUUUCCAA